CUGAACUGCCAUUUUUUUCCCAAUCAGCUUUCAUUAAUUAUAUGGAAAGAUUAUUAUUUGAAAGAUUAUUUAUUAAUAUCUAGCUAAAGGGGACUGCCAAACUAAUAAUAAGAACUUGAAAGAGAUCUUUUGCAGAUUUUAGUGGUGAUAUUUUGAACAUUUUUAAAAUGUCUAAAAAAGCUGUAGAUACUUUUCAAAAUAAAAUAACUCGAAAUGAUCGAUUUGCACAAAUGUCUCAGCAAGAAAGAAUAAUAGAACAAAAGAAAAAAGAGAUACAAGCUAAACUUGAAGCUAAAGAGAAAGCAAGUAAAGCUGAGGUAAAACAAAGUCCCAAGAGUGUUAGUACGUCAUCAAAUCAGAAGGAUGGCAAAAAUGUUUUUUCCAAUGAUGGGUCAUUCUUGAACCAAUUCAAACAAAUUAAGGAAUCGAAGAAGUUGGAUUUGAAACCCAAAUCUUUCAACAAACUGAAAGAUCGUUUUGAUAAAAGUUAUAGUGAUGAUCGAAGUAAAAAUCACAAAAGGACUUCUCACAGAUCACCUUCGCCUAAAGACCGCUUUCAGAAACGAACUUCCCGCUUUUCAAAUGAAAAAGUUUCCAAUUUGGAGCCUAAGAUAACAAUCAAUACUUCUUUCAGUAGUUCUUCAUUAGUGCACCAACAAAUAUCAUCCCAAGGCAAUUAUCAAAUUCCACCUGUUUCUCUCAGUACUCAAGAUGUUACAGGUCAACCUUUAUUGAAAAAUGUACUUCCCCAACCCAUCGUAACUUACCAAAAUAUUCCUGAGCAAGUUUCAGUAACUGAAGCUGUAAUAAGUGCUUCUCCUGUACUGCUCAACGUCGCAUCUCCUCAAAUAGUUCAAGGAGAUAUUAGUCAUGAUACUUUAGUUUUUACCCAAACCGGUCCAUCUCCAAAUAUUAUAGUAUCAACAUCAUUGCCAACAAUCUUGACCACCGUUAAUUUACCUCAGCCAAUAGAUACCUCCAAUAUCACGCCUGUACCUCCUCCCUGCUUGCCAACAGUUGAGCUAGCUACAAUUCCUGCACCCAACCCAAUCCAAGUACAAAACAUACCACAACCGGAACCUUUGAACGCAUUGAACAUCCCUCAACCUGCUCCAAUUCAAGUACAAAACAUACCGACCCCCAGUUCACUUCAGUUGAACAAAAUACCCAACCCAAAACCUUUGGACUUGAUGACUAUACCAACACCAAAUGAGGGUAACAUCGUGUGCAACGGAAAUUUUAUGAAAAGUAUUCCCCCUCCUAACAAGUCAGUACCUCCCCCCCAAAUACAAGACAAUACCAUGUCGAUAUUGCCACAGCAACAAACUGUUACCCAGAAUAUUAUGAUUCAUAAUAUGCCGCCUCCUAGCCAGCAACCCACGUUUUCAACGGUAACUGUUACUUUGCCUGUAGUUGUAGGGCAGGUUUCCACUGCUCCAACAAUACCUAAUAAUAUACCUUCCCUUAUGGCUCAACCAAUUCUUCCUCCGCCCGGUAUGGGUAUGAACAUUAAUAUGAACUGCCCACCCCCCUUGCUGCAGAUGCAUGCCGUAGGAGGAUUGCAGAACCAGAUGUCGUUUGUGAACCAGCCACCCCCUAUAGCAAACCAAAUGCCAAUGAUGAGCGUUCCUCCCCCUCCUAAUGUACACAGUAUGACUGGAAUGGGACAUGGUUCAAACUUCAAAGAUAUAAAUAUAGGUACACCAGAGUACGAAGCAAUGGCUUCUCUGGGACGCAUGGUGGCUGAAUGCGGAGAAAGUAUCGAGGACAUCGUACGGCAGCGAAAAAACCAAGAUCCAAAUCUGUGGUACCUCUUUCAUAAAGACUCUGCGGCUUAUAAGCAGUACCGGCAAUUGAUCGAACAAUUCAAACGAGAAAAUGAGAUGAGAAAUAUGGCGGAAGAGAGAAAACCUAAACUCGAAGAAGUGUACGAACCAGAAAUGGCUUUAGAAGAUUGUGAAAAUGCGAUCGCUAGUGGAGAUUCGAAUAUCAAAAAGGAAAAUGAGCUCCUGCAAGAACUGAAGCCGAAUGAUCUGCCACAACGUCGAAUUUUCAGUGAAUGGGCCCUAGAAAAGUUGGCAGAAAAUCCGCUUUUUUAUCGACAAAUUUUGUUCAGCGAUGAGGCUCAUUUCUGGUUGAAUGGCUACGUAAAUAAGCAAAAUUGCCGCAUUUGGAGUGAAGAGCAACCAGAAGCCGUUCAAGAACUGCCCAUGCAUCCCGAAAAAUGCACUGUUUGGUGUGGUUUGUACGCUGGUGGAAUCAUUGGACCGUAUUUUUUCAAAGAUGCUGUUGGACGCAACGUUACGGUGAAUGGCGAUCGCUAUCGUUCGAUGCUAACAAACUUUUUGUUGCCAAAAAUGGAAGAACUGAACUUGGUUGACAUGUGGUUUCAACAAGAUGGCGCUACAUGCCACACAGCUCGCGAUUCUAUGGCCAUUUUGAGGGAAAACUUCGGAGAACAAUUCAUCUCAAGAAAUGGACCGGUAAGUUGGCCACCAAGAUCAUGCGAUUUGACGCCUUUAGACUAUUUUUUGUGGGGCUACGUCAAGUCUAAAGUCUACAGAAAUAAGCCAGCAACUAUUCCAGCUUUGGAAGACAACAUUUCCGAAGAAAUUCGGGCUAUUCCGGCCGAAAUGCUCGAAAAAGUUGCCCAAAAUUGGACUUUCCGAAUGGACCACCUAAGACGCAGCCGCGGUCAAACUCCUGUGAUGUUAUCUAAACUGACCCGUAAUGACCCUGGCUUACUUCAGUAUGCAGUUAAUACCUAUGGAACUACGAAUCUCUCAGAGGAGGACUGGAAAAAAGCCGAAGAUCACUACAAAAUUAGUUUGCUGUAUCAGGAUAUGGUGAAGAAACGAGCAGAGGCUGAAAAGCUAAAGUUAGCUGGCAAGAAUAAGUAUGAUUAUGAUUCGGAUGAAGAAACUGAAGGUGGCACUUGGGAACAUAAAAUCCGAGAAAAG